AUGGAUGGGGCUUCUUCAGGCGGUGGCGGCAGCAGCGGAGGUGGCGGCGGCGGCAGCAGCAGCGGCUAUGGUGUGGUGGCUCGAUUCUCCCAGUGCCUGGCUGAGUUUCGGACGUGGUUAAGAACCAACUGGUUGAGGUUCAAUGCAGACAAGACGGAUGUGAUGCUGAAAAUGUGCAUCAGAUGUUUAUGUUUAAUUGGUUUACAGACUGUCUGUGGACUCUUUUCCUGUCAUAUUACCAGCCAUCUGUUGAGUCUUCAAGUCCAGAAAUGGAUGAAAUAUUUGACUGCUCAUGAAAGUACAGGAGGUUCAGCAACAUCAGAUGACCAUGAAUUUGAUCCAUCAGCUGACAUGCUGGUUCAUGAUUUUGAUGAUGAACGCACAUUAGAAGAGGAAGAAAUGAUGGAAGGAGAAACAAACUUCAGUUCUGAAAUAGAGGAUCUUGCAAGGGAAGGCGACAUGCCGAUUCAUGAACUUCUCAGCCUUUAUGGUUAUGAUAGUACUAUUCGGCUACCUGAAGAAGAUGAGGAGGAGGAAGAGGAAGAGGAAGAAGAUGAUGAAGAUGCUGAUAAUGAUGAUAACAGUGGAUGUAGUGGGGAAAAUAAAGAAGAGAAUAUAAAAGAUUCCUCAGGUCAAGAGGAUGAAACUCAGUCUUCCAAUGAUGAUCCAUCUCAAUCUGUUGCUUCUCAAGAUGCCCAGGAAAUAAUCCGUCCACGUCGAUGUAAAUAUUUUGAUACAAAUAGUGAAAUAGAAGAAGAAUCUGAAGAAGAUGAAGAUUAUAUACCAUCAGAAGACUGGAAAAAGGAGAUUAUGGUGGGCUCCAUGUUUCAAGCAGAGAUUCCAGUUGGCAUUUGUAGAUACAAAGAAAAUGAAAAAGUAUAUGAAAAUGAUGAUCAGCUCCUGUGGGACCCUGAAUACUUACCAGAAGACAAAGUGAUUGUGUUUCUUAAAGAUGCGUCUAGAAGAACAGGUGAUGAGAAAGGUGUAGAAGCAAUUCCUGAAGGAUCUCACAUAAAAGACAAUGAGCAGGCAUUAUAUGAAUUAGUUAAAUGCAGUUUUGAUACAGAAGAAGCAUUGAGAAGAUUAAGAUUUAAUGUAAAAGCAGCUAGAGAGGAAUUAUCUGUUUGGACAGAGGAAGAAUGCAGAAAUUUUGAACAAGGGUUGAAGGCCUAUGGAAAGGAUUUCCAUUUGAUUCAGGCUAAUAAAGUUCGAACAAGAUCAGUUGGUGAAUGUGUAGCAUUCUAUUAUAUGUGGAAAAAAUCUGAACGUUAUGAUUUCUUUGCUCAGCAAACACGAUUUGGAAAAAAGAAAUACAAUCUUCAUCCUGGUGUAACGGAUUACAUGGAUCGUCUUCUAGAUGAAAGUGAAAGUGCUGCUUCUAGUCGAGCACCAUCUCCUCCCCCAACUGCCUCAAACAGUAGCAACAGCCAGUCUGAGAAAGAAGAUGGCACUAUAGGCAAUAGUAAUCAGAAUGGGGUGUCAUCUAACGGACCAGGUGAAACAUUAAACAAAGAAGAAGUGAAAGUUGAAGGAUUACAUGUUAAUGGACCAACAGGUGGAAGUAAGAAACCACUUCACACAGAUAUGGAUACCAAUGGUUAUGAAACCGAUAACCAAACCACUGACCCAAAAAUCACCCAUAUGACUGCAAGAAAUGAAAACGAUUUUGAUGAGAAAAGUGAGAGACCUGCCAAAAGGCGAAGGGUAAACAGCAAUGGCAAAGAAAGUCCAGGUGGUUCUGAGCUUUUCCAAGACACAGUCUCACAUGGGAAAUUUGAAGAACUUGAGAACACAGAUGACUAAACUUUCUUUGGAGUACAUUCUGGUGUGACUAAAAUUUUCAGGGUUGAUGGGUUACCUUCAAAAGUUGAUU